AUGGCACACAGCCCAGCAAAGCGGAAGCGUGGUGCUCCUAUUAGCACUCCGCUGGGCGAGUUGUACGUUGACAUCUCGCCCCGCAAGAAGCGAGUACGAUACGACGACGACGUCGACGACGCUUCGUCUUUUGCCGCAUCGCACGUCCCUUCUUCCUUUGCAGAGAGCGACACUGCUGCUACUGCUACGAUUGCCGACACUGAAACACCUCUGACGGAAGCAUCGAGUGUGCGCAGCAAGAGCCAGCCACGCGCGAAACGUUAUCAAUGCUCCUUUGAGGGCUGCACCAAGGCUUUCGAUCGGCCCAUUCGCCUCCAGGCUCACUUCAAUACUCACACUGGCGAGAGGCCCUACGCGUGCUCUGAAGACGGCUGUGACAAGAGCUUCUACAAAAUAGAACACCUCAACCGGCAUGUCAAGGACAAGCAUGGCUCGAGCACUUUUAUCUGCGAGUUCGAAGUCUACAAUGAUCAGACCCAGUCACGCGCGCCGUGUGGCCUGGCAUUUCCUUCUGCUUCGAAGCUGAAGCGACACAUCGCAAGGCAUCAAGGGAAAGAGGAAACUACAUGUAGCUGGGAUGGUUGUGGGAAGGUGUUCCGCAGGCAAGAGACCCUCCAGCGUCACAUCAAGAAAGAUCAUUUGGGAGAAGAAUCGUAUCUGUGCAAGCGUGAGCUGCCAGAUGGAGAGAUCUGCGGCCAGGCUUUCGCGACUCCCGGUCAGCUUCGUGGACACGAAGCAAGAGUGCAUGAAGCUCCGAAGUACUGGUGUGAGGACAUGUUCGACUCCCUCACGCUGAGCGAACCCACACCAGCUCAAACGCCUAGCGUCCACAUCGUCAGCUUCCCAACAUAUCACGACUUGCAGCGCCACAACACCCUAGUCCACCCACCUAAAUGCGCGCAGUGUGGUAAGAAAUGCAGGAGUGCUAAGGACCUUUCUGCACAUAUGGAUAUUGUGCAUUCAGGAGAUCCAGAUGUAGCAGCAGCAGCUAAGCCGCCGAAGAGAUUUGUAUGCCCGUACGAAGGCUGCACCCGAUCUUCACUAGACUUCGGCUUCUCGAAGAAGGGUAACGUGGAUCAGCACAUCAAGAGCGCUCACACCAAGGAGAGGAAAUUUGUCUGCGGCGAGUUCGAUCUCAGUGGCUGCAGCAAGACCGAAGGUUGGAAUGGCAUUGGGUGCGGUUUGGCUGUCGUCACGAAACAGGCACUGAUCGGUCACGUCCGAACUCAGCACAUGGGCUUGAAGCCAACCAAUCUGAAGAGUAAAGGCGCGAAGAAGGAUUCGAAGAAGAUUGCACCAAAGACCGAUCUUGAGAUCGACAUUGAGAUGGACGACGUCCCUCCUGCGACUGAGCACAAUAAGACACUCUCCUUGAUAACAGGAUAUGGAUACGAACAACAACGUCCCUUUGCCUGCCUGCUUGCACCAUCACGCGGAUGCCAGAUGCGUUUUACCAAGGAACAUGAGCUCGGCUAUCACAUGGAGAUGACCCACGGCUGGCAUGUCGACGAUGUUGAGGAAGCACUCAACGAUCCGGACAUCCAUGCCGAAGACACAGAUAUCGCUGACCAGAUUUUGAAGAGGAGACUGGAAACUGAGAUGAAUGCUGUUGGGGCAGCGUUCCUGGAUCCGCAGUUCCAGCCAAUGCAGGCAUAG